AUGCUCACCAAUCCAUAUGUCCUGACUAUUCUAUCCCUCUUCUCACUCACCUUAGUUUCAGGAUUGAGUUUACCUCAAAGACCAGGUAUGAUAUCUUCUCGGGAGUAUCCAGUUAGGGCAAGUAGACCUCGUCAGGUUUAUAUAGCAGAAGAAGAAGUUCAAGGUCGAUAUAUCCCAACCAGGACUUUCGAUCCUUCGUCGAUCAAACGUAGGAACGCAGAUGAUGAUAAUUUCGAUCAUUAUGAAAAAGACGAGGAUGAAAAUGAUGAUCUGAUCUUACAACUUAGCGAUAAGAACAAGCGAGGCGUCAUACCGAAAAUCGUCGAACUUUAA